AUUCUGUUGUAUGACAUCAAACGGUGUAUUGCAAAAACCAUGAAGUCUGCAAAACGAAUAUUAUUAUCAAGCGUGACGAUUUUUCAGUGUUUAAAAUUAACAUUUGCGCUCCAAUUAAAUAUCCCGAAACCCGAUACAGUCUACCUGAGUGUGCCAGCCAAUCAAUAUAAUAAUAUCCAAUGGCUGGAAAAUCCUAACUAUAUGAAAUCGACGUGUGGGACGUUCGCGGCUUACGAGACCAAACGGUAGAAAAGUUGUCGGGAGAUGGUAUACCAUUUACGUGUCAAAUAUUCCAUCAACCACGGAUUAUUGUAGUCAAUUUACAAGUGAAUAUCGUAUACCAAAAUUGUUGUUAUAAACUAUGUCCGAAGCCCGUGCAGAUGUAGUGGAAUUGAUUUUACAAUUGCUAUAGAAGAUAGUGUUAUUUCAUUUGUCAUGUUUUCGACGAACACAGAAGAAAAAUCCGUAACUUAUCAGUUGGCAACAGCUUCAUUCUUCGGAAGUCGACAUUUAAACAUGAAUCAAAUAAUACUACGAAGUUUUGUGUUAAAAUCCAACGCGAAGAUAACAGGACUAGGAGGCUUUAUAAUUCCACACGGUGUUAUCGUCGAUUCUGAUGAUUUCAAGUCUUACAUAAUCAUGGUGUUCUGCAAAGAAAGAGCGGUGAAACCUAUUGUUAUGAUUCUCGUAAAUGCACUACCUAUAUCUGAAAAAAUCACGAACAAAACUUUAAAAUAUUUAAAUGACAAUCAAUUCGAUACUAAGUUGUUUCAGGUCCGUCACCAUCAUUGUAAGCAUGGUCAAAAUAUUGUUGGAUACGAAUAUGAUUAACAUUUUAAUUUUAUAAAUUUACUUUAAUAUCUCCACAAAUUUGUGUACAGUGUUAGAAUUAUUAAAUUACAUUUAAAAAUUACGUAAAAUGUUUGUGAUAUACACAAUAUAAAAACACGUUUGGAAAUUAAUAAAAUUGCAU